UAACCUAUUUGCCUUGGUUAUGCAUUCGCUGGCGAUGCAGUUGCAUGAGAUUUUCUUGACCAUAGCAUGGAUUAUUGUUCAAAUAAUGGUGAUUGGAGUGAAUGUUGUUGCUUGUACACAGACAUCAAAUGCGAUGGCCGACACGGGGAUAGUUCUGCAUAAACUUAAACCAAGGGAUAACUAUGAAUUGUUUCUUCAGAUGGUGCAAGUGUUUUCAAUGGAAGUAAUGCAUAGAAAAAAGCCAUUCACUGCAGCUGGAUUCUUCGAAAUGAAUUUCAAAUUAUUUACAUCGAUUGUAGCAGCAGUUACAACGUAUUUAAUUAUAAUAAUUCAAUUUCAUUUGGCGAAUUUGGAAGCAAGUUCCAAUCACAACCAAGUGAAUUACAAAACAGAUUCAACUUAACCAGAAGUUGUAAAUAGUUAGCGGUUUGUGUCUUUGAAAUGCCAAUGAGAAAGCUUUAAAAUAUAAAAUAAGAGAUAGCUUUCAAGAAAUUCAAUCAAAAUUUAUUUAAUUAACGGUUAUUAUGGACUUUAAACAUGAAAUGUGA